AUGAGAGGUGGGGGACGUUGUCGUGCAGAGCUGUCCCCGGGUUUCGGGCAGUUGCGCGUCCGCCGCUCUUUCUUUUCGCUAUCAGUCUUGAAGAAAAACGAUGGGGAGGUGACGACGGUAUCGCGUUCGCUGGUUACGCGAUGUGGAUGCGUAGUGCCAAGCCAAUUGUCUACGCCACUGCUCCACUUUGCAGCUGCGACUCAUGAGGACGAUGACGUGGUCGUUAAGCACUCAACGUAG